CGUUCUCAAAAGUCAUCUGCCCUUCUUUGCAAGGUAGAUUUUCUGGUCAAUCAAGAACGGUGCUACUUCGCAAUAUGUCGUCAGAUACUUCAUACAAGUUUGAGACAUUAGCAGUAACAAAGUUGAAAGAAUAUGUCAUACAGGUUGAAUUGAACAGACCAGAGAAACGCAAUGCAAUGAACAUGCAAUUUUAUAGGGAAAUGAGGGAUUGCUUCAGGAAGUUGGCAACAGAUUCAGACUGCAGGGUUGUUUUAUUAACUGGAGCAGGCAAGAUGUUCACAUCAGGUCUGGACUUAAUGGACAGUGCUGAGUUAUUGUCAGCUGCAUCUGAUAUGGAUGUCGGCCGUAGGGCAAUGUAUUUAAAACACUCAGUCACCGAGAUGCAAGAGUCGUAUUCAGUCAUGGAAAAAAGCCUGAAGCCUGUCAUAGCUGCGAUUCAUGGUGGCUGUAUAGGAGGAGGGCUGGACAUGGUCACAGCGGUUGAUAUGCGUUUCUGCACUAAAGAUGCUUGGUUUCAAAUCAAGGAGGUAGAUCUAGGACUGGCAGCAGACUUAGGAACAUUGCAGAGGUUUCCAAAGAUUAUUGGAAAUGACAGCUGGCUGAGGGAGAUAGUCUAUACAGCCAGAAAGUUUGGUAGCGAUGAAGCAAGGGAAAUUGGACUAGUCAACCGCAUCUUUGAUACACGAGAAGCAAUGUUAGAGGGCGCUAUUGAAAUUGCCACCUUAAUCGCAAGCAAGAGCCCCAUUGCUGUACAAACAUCCAAGGCUAGCUUGGUGUAUUCAAGAGAUCACAGUGUACCAGAAGGGCUCAAUGAUGUGACAACUUGGAAUGCAGGGAUGUUGCAGAGUGAAGAUUUGAUGAAAGCCAUCUCUGCAUCCAUGCAGAAGGUUGAACCAAAGUUCUCAAAACUUUAACUUUUGUUUUUAGACUUGCCUCAAAACUAAAAGAUUUUGCAUCACAUUCAGUUGGAUAUGAAAUUGCAUUUGGUAGGGCAUCGACAUCCACUAUUCUAGUAUAAAGAAGUCUAUUUGAAGCAUAGCUCCAAACACAAGUUACAAUGCAUGUGAUCAUUGUAAUUGGCUGAAACCAAACGUUGCAAGAAUGUUAAAAGUGGCACUGAACCAAACAAUUAUUCGCUGGUAAUCAAGAAAUGACUGCAUGUAGUCAGUAACACCAAAGUCUAUAGAGCCCUUGCUUAUGACGUCACAAGCUUAAACAGCCCCCCCCCCCCCACUGAGGUCAAAGGAAGACCUGUCCUUAGCUAAGGGUGUGGUGAUUGCUCUUGUUAGGGGCCUCCUAGCCUAUGCUUCAACACAGAAAAAUGAAGCUGCAGCCCAAAAACAGAUUUUAAAGGUUUGUUUACUCUAAAACUGAAUUUAGUUCAUAUUUAGGAUUCUCGUGUAAAAAAAAAGAAGAAUUUAAAACACAAUUAUUUCAUUCAACUGAUCUUUAUUGGUACUGAGGACUAAUUUAUUUACUUCUGCAAGUUAACAUGUAAAUUGGAACAAAACAAGAACAGAAGAUUAUACUAAAGUUCUGUAAAUAAUAAUCUUUGUAAUGAAUAAAACAAAUAACAUUUUA